AUGGUGUGCGCAUUUGCACCAGCGGGUGGCUGCCACGGGAGCAGCAUAGUUGGCAUACAGCAACGCUCUUCGCUUUGGCGGAGCAACGACAGGGCGCGCUUCUCUGCGGGGAGGCACUCGAGACCCACGGAGUUCUUUAGGGCUGCUCGAAGCAAGCGAUGGCGCAGAGAGCUUCGAGCUGUUGCAGAGAUGCCCGGAGCGAGCAAGACGAGUUCGCGCCUGGAGGCCUUUGUUAAAUGGCUCGCUGCGAACGAGGUUUUUGUGUCAGAUAAGGCGACCUGGGGGCGAGCAUCGCAUCCGCUCGUUGUCGCAGAGCAGACGCUAAUCGAAAGCGAGCCGGCUGGACGCGGUUUCCUUGCUCGUCGCGACAUCCAGGCCGGCGAAGUUCUCUUUCAAGUUCCGUUUCAUCUGUGCUUCACAAAGGAUGUCGCAGUGCGGCGGUUCGCCGCCCUCAAUGUUCCCGAGCUUGCAGACGAGGAGGAGUUUUUUGCGCUUGCUACACUUCUUCUCUAUGAAAGAGGGCUUGACGAGUCAUGGAAAAAGAGUGGACGAGGGCCAGGCUCCUUCUGGGGACCUUACCUCGACAUCCUGCCACCCGUGCCGUGGGAAUUCAAAGGGGCAGAGCCUGCCGAGUCCCUGUCGAUGGAUCCACUGGAUGCCCUUUGGCUCUGGGCAGAGGACGAGAUGCAGUGGUUGCAGGGAAGCCCAACGCUAUUGUCCGCUCGCGCACUCCGAUCCAAAGUCGAGCGGGAAUAUGCAGAAGCGUGCGAACGUUUGUAUCGACGACAUCCGCAUAUCUUUGAUUUAGAGGGUGCCUUUCGCCUGGAGCGUUUCCUCUGGGCUUUCGGAGUCUUGUUCUCAAGGGCGGUUUCACUUCCGGCGGAGAAUGGUAUGCUCGCGCUGGUUCCAUACGCGGACCUUGCGAAUCAUUCGGCGUUCUGCGUUUCGUUUAUUGAUGCCCGCACCGCAGCGUUCCCGUACGCUUUUCGCGCUUCCUCGAAACAAAAGCGCGGUCAAUGGUGGCAACGAUUCCUGGCCCCGAAUAGCGACGAUGCCGGCGCAGUCGCGAACACAGACUCUUCCCAUUAUCGCGAAGACGCCCAGCGAGAAGUCGUUGCAUAUGCAGACCGCUUUUACGACAAAUUCGAACAAGUGUAUGUUUCCUACGGUCAAAAAUCCAAUGCUGAGCUUCUUUUGCUCUACGGCUUCGUAUCGGACCGCAACCCAUACAACUCAGUUGAGGUCUGCGUGUCACUCUCCGGAUCAGAGGCCGCGGGUGCUGGGCUUCUCGACCGGAAACGAUCGUUUCUUUUAGCUUGUGGGCGCGAUCCGGAUAAGCCGGAAUGCUUCCCCCUGUACGCUGACCGAUAUCCGCUGGAACUUAUGCAGCUUUUGCGAUUCGCCUCGCUUACCGAACAAGAUGCGGCGGGAUAUUCGGAUCUCGAGCAGAUCGAUGUCGCGCAACCGGUAAAUCGAGAAAAUGAAAUCGCAGCGAAGAGCGCUCUGCUCCAAGCGUGUAAGAUUGCGCUUCAAGCGUAUCCGACUUCCGCCGAUGAAGACGAUGCUGCGCUCAAAGACAAGUCCAUGGCGCAGCUUCUCUCGCGCAAGCAGCGACUCUCUGUGCGUUUGCGUCGAAGUGAGAAACGCAUCCUAGAGAGAACGAUUGCAGGUCUUGAGCGAGAGAUCCAAGAUCUCAGGUGCUAG